AUGGCUGAAACCGCAACCUCGCCCGCCCCUGCGGCGGCGGAUAAGGGUCAUGUUCGACCUGCCAAGCCUGAUGAGAACCUCUUCAAGGAGGAGCUUGCAAAGGCCGAGAAGGACCACAAGGCUUCAAUGGACCGUUUGGCUGCUGUCAAGGCUAAGAUUGACAUUGCUAUGCCAAACAAGAACAAGGACCAGCCCAGCCCUACCCAAAAGCGACGACAAGAGCUUAUUGCUCAGGCCAACGAGAUUCGACAGAAGCAGGCCGGCGGAAAGAACGCCCGCACUUCUAAGCUCGACCAGAUCAAGCGCCUCGAUGAGCAAGUCCGAAGCCGAAUCAAUGAGCAGAAGACAGCAAAGGCCAAGGUCCCCUACAAGAACCUUGAGGAGGUCGACGCCCAGAUUGCUUCCCUGGACAAGCAGGUCAACUCCGGCACAAUGAGAUUGGUCGAUGAGAAGAAGGCCUUGUCUGACAUCUCCAGCCUGCGUAAGGUCCGCAAGAACUUCGGUCAGUUCGAGGAUUCUCAGAAGCAGAUUGACGACCUCCGCGCCAAGAUCAAGGAGAUCAAGGACAGCAUGGAUGACCCUGAGCAGCGAGCUCUCUCCGAUCAGUACAACAAGAUCCAGGCUGAGAUUGACACCAUCAAGGCUGAGCAGGAUGAGGCCUACAAGGGUCUUUCCAGCCUCCGUGAUGAGCGUACCAAGCUCCAGGCCGAGCAACAGGAGAAGUACACUGCCAUCCGCAAGCUUAAGGAUGAUUACUACGGACAAAAGAAGGCUUACCAAGCCUACGAUCGUGAGGCUCGUGAGCGUUACCGUGAGAAGCAAAAGGCUGAGCAGGAGCGUUACCACCAGGAGCGCAAGAAGGCCGAGGCUGAGCGCCGUCUGGGUGAUGCCAGCGACCCUGCCUACCUCGAUGAGAUCCGCCGCGCCAACAGCUUGCUCCAGUUCCUCGACCCUAACCACAAAGUUGAGAAGGGCCCUCUCAUGGCCGAUACUGGUCUCGGUGCUCAGGCCCAGCGAACUGUUGAUGAAUCUUCUCUUAAGGGUACUAAGCUCCUCAGCAAGAAGGACCGUGAGGAGGAGUACGCUCCUGCUGUGAAGAAGGGCAAGAAGGGCAAGAAGGCUGGUACUGGUGGUUCAUCCAACAAGUUCAGUGUUCCCCCAGCCGUUGUAGAGGACUGUGCUGCCAUGGGCAUCGACCCCCCUAUGAGCGCCGCAGAUAUCCCCGAUGUUACUGAGAAGGUCCGCGCCAAGCUUGAUUUCUGGAAGAACGACCAAGAGGCCCAGACCCAACGUAACAUUGAGAAGGCUAAGAAGGAGAUCGCUGAGCUCGAAGCCGCUGAGUCUAACGGUGAUAAGGUCGAACAGGCUACUUCGGAGCUGAAGGAGACCUCUAUCGCCGAUAAGGAGGAGUCGUAA